UCAUUUGUUUGCGCCAUUUCUGAUAGGAACAGAGUGUCAAACAGUAGUUAGCGUAAGGUCUGAUCAUUGACAUCGUCUCUGCAUGUAAAAGGUAUUAACGGUGACAAUGCCAGAGAAAAAUGGAGAUACGUAUAAAACUUUUAAGCAGAGGAAAAGUUUUGCUGUGCGGAAGGAAGAGGUUGUAGGCAUAAGAUCAAAGUUCCCUACAAAAGUACCGGUGAUCGUAGAGAGAUACUAUAAGGAGCAGCAUCUUCCGAUGCUGGAUAAAACAAAAUUCCUCGUGCCUCAAGAGCUCUCCAUGUCACAGUUUGCCUCUAUUAUUAGGAAUCGUAUGUCACUGAACUCGAAUCAAGCAUUUUAUCUCAUAGUGAACAACAAAAGUAUUUCAAGCAUGUCAAUGACACUGGCGGAAGUUUACAGAGAUGAAAAAGAUGAUGAUGGCUUCCUUUACAUGACUUAUGCAUCUCAAGAAAUGUUCGGAGGGUGUUGAUAUUAUAGUGCAAUGUUGUGAUUGGGCAAUAAGUUAUUGAUCAUUUGAUCAGAUCUUGGAAUUUGCCUCUGAAUCAGAAUUUUCAGAGUAUUGGAGCCAGUGCCAUGGAAUUAGUUGAUACACUGUGUCAUUGAAAUAAAAGUGGAUUCAUAUGAUUAUUUGUCAUCCUCAACAAUUCAUCGUAAUGAUUUUGUUGCCAUGCUGAUUUAUUCAUAAUUAUAUAUAUAAUGUAUCUAUAUUUUAUUUCAUUCUUCUGUUUGAACAACUUAAGUACAUUUGAACCUAUGUCAAACACCUCAUUGUUUCUUUUGUAUUAUUCAUUUUGCAGAAGCAAUAAUUUUUCUAAGAACACAUUUUUAGAAUGGAACAAAUGCAAAGCUAAAUGAUUUUUGCAAGAAUUGACAUUUGUUUUUUAAUUUGCAACACAUCUAUACAAAAUGUUUCAAUUUUUUGCAUGUCGGAUAAUGCCUUGUAGUUUCAGUAGGUUAUGUAAGGUCUUCCACAGCAUCUUGCAGUUUUGCAAAGAGUUGCUUCCCCUUUAAGUUAAAAUUUUGUGUAAAACUAUUAAGAAAUUAGACAUCCGGGUUUGUAUUGCAUGUUGUGAACAUAUCGAUUUAUACUUAGUUGGAUUAAUCUUAUCCUUAGCUGUCAUGUCUAGGUUUAUUUUGCUUUGACAAACUUCGAACUCUUGAAUCUCACUUGAAAAUAUCUCAGAGUUUAUUUGUAUUAAAUGCAACUGGAUACUGGCAAUUACUGUGCCUUUAACAUUUGAGUCUUUGAAAGAAUUAUAAGUACAGUGUAGUGUGAACUUGGAUGGAUAGUUUACAUGUAUGUUGUUUUUAUUUACAAUUAAAGGCUCAUGUGAGCUUUUCUGAUCGAAAUUUCUCCGCUCUAUUUGUCAUUGUUGUAAACAUUUCUCAUUUUUAUCUUUUUCUCCAGAACCCCUGUUCCAAUUUCAACCAAAUUUGGCACAAAGUAUCCUUCGGUAAAGGGGAUUCAAAUUUAUUCAAAUGAAGUGACACACUAUCUUCCAAGGCAAGAUAAUUAAGAAAUAGUGAAAAAUGGAUGGGGUCAUUUAAAAAUCCUCUUCUCAAGAACCACUGAGCCAGAAAAGAUGAAACUUAUGUGAAAACUUCCUGGGGUGGUGUAGAUUCAAGUUUGUCCAAAUCAUUAUCUCCGGGGGUAGGGUGGUGACACUAUAGACAAUCAAAGUUUUUCAUAGGAAUACAUAGGAAAGUCUUUAAAAUUCUUCUCAAGAAGAGUAAAGCAAUAAUUAGUCACAUUUAUACUGAUGCAUCUUCAGGUAGUGUAGAUUCUAAAUUGUUCAAAUCAUGACCUCCAGGGGUGGGAUGGGGCCACAAUGGCCAAUCAAAGUUUUACAUAAGAAUAAUAUAUAGGAAAAAUCUUUUAAAGUCUUCUUCAGAACAGCAAAGCCAUGAUUAUUCAUAUAUGUAUAGAAGCAUCCUCAGACUCAAGUUUCUUUAAAUCAUGAUACCUAGGGGUAGGGAGGGGCUGGAGGUAAGAUGGGGCCACAAUAGAUUGUCUAAAUUUUACAUAGGAAUAUAUUGGACUCUGGUGAGCUUUGUAGCCCAUAAACCUUUUAUUUACUAAGGUAUCGGUACAUUAUUGUGAUAGACUUGUUUUGUGAUACCUUUAAAAAAAACUUUUGUUUUGUUCAGAUAGGGAUAUUUGAGUAAGGCUAUAUGUAAAGUUGAAAUGUGCAGGAUUCAAACUUUUGUAAACCUUUUUGGUCUGUUUCUAGUCUAAGAUGAUAAAUGAAUUUGACUAUGAUGAACAUGAUGAAACUAAGACUCCACAGUCUUAGCAAUAAUGUAAAAUUUUGUGUAUUCAUUGGUUGCAAGUAAUUACCAUGUUCAUGCUGUUCAUAGCUCAGUUAAAGGACUUGCACCUGGAUACUUGUUCAACAUUCCUACAUAAUUGCUUCGUAAGGUCCAUAUCUAAAACUGUUUAAUGCUCAAUUUUGUUAUAGUUUAAUUUUGCUCCAUCGUCGGAAACCCACGGCCGAGAUUGGCCAUAUGGCUCCCGAGGAUGAUUUUGCUCCAAGUUCUAGAGGUGAACAUUACAACUAAGGGAUACCCACACACCUCAAUAUUGUUGUGAGUUGUUGAAUUAUGAACUGGAUAAUGAAUUAUGUAUAUAAUGAAGUAAUAUGGACUGUACUUUCAGUCUCUCUGUGUGCAGUGUCCAUGUUUUAUUUUAUUGUGCCUUAACACAUAUUGCAUAUGUCAAGGGUUUGUUUAAAUUCCACAAUCUUUGAACAGAGGAAGAAAAAAAAUUGUAUUAAGGGCAGAAGCUAGUGAGUGUGAUAGGUUUUUUUUCACAAAGAACAGAUUGAGAUGUAUGUUCUCAAUUUAUAUUGUGGAUGUUGUGCAAUACAGAAUUCUUUGCAAUUUAUUUAUGUAUUUUGCCAUUAUUGAGCCAUCAUCAUAUACCCACAGGUGAUCUCAUUUUUUAGUCAUCACCCGUGGGCAAACUUGCCGAAAUAUUGUCUUAUGUAAUUAAUAUCAUUAAUGGGUCGUUUGAUUGGCUGCUGCACAGAAUCGCGAUGGCAAGUCAAUGAAUCACAGUUAACAUUACAUAUGUACGUUUGGCAAUGACAAAUGCUUUUCCAUAGUUAACACACCAAUUGCAAACAAAUCCACUCGCCAACCAGUUUGAAAAAGGUACUCUUAUAUCAUUCCUGAAUGGUAUUUAAUGCCAGUGACAUGUACAAUGUGUCUUUUAUAGUUUUAAAAUUUUUACUGCGUCACGAUAUUACCAUAAAUAGCAAACUUAUAAACAUAUUUUCAAAAUUGAAGAGUUCCAACUUUCUGAUUGUUUGUCUAUAUAAGCAACAAAUUUGCAUUAUAAACGACAAUACUUCAGCGAGUUUGCCCACGGCUGAUAAGUGAAAGACGAGAUCCCCUGUGGGUAUCUGACAAUGACAUUAUUGAGUACUGUUACAAAAUAUUUUGCAGUCUCUAUAUUGCUUGAAUUGAACAAAUUCUUGCUACCAAAUAUGCUUAUUUUAGAGUAGUUUCUAUGUACUCAUGGUGGUGAGAUAGAUUUUUUGAAAAACUCUGAAAUCUCCAAACUGUACCAGAAAUCCAAUUUAUAGCAAAGAAAGACAUGCUAAUUAGGAAUUCCUUCUCAAAUGGGAAAUCUGAACAAUUGUAAAAUAUUUCAUGUAGAUAUAGUUUUGCUGCCCAUGGUGCACUAUAUCUCAUUUGACUAUUGAGAAAGGCUAUUGUAUUAUUACAGGAAAAAAACUGUGGCAUUUAAGAUAUUAUAAUCAUAGCACCACUCAUGUAAAGGCAUUAGUGAUGUUUGUGCUCCUUGUUUGUCUGUGAUAAAUAUUAAUUUAUGAAUUCAACUUAUUCUGCCUGUAGAUGGUGAAAGGUAUUUCUCGUAUAGAAAAAGAAUGUGAUUGUUCAAAACUAAAUGUAAUAAACUGUAUCUAAAUACUUAACAA